AUGGCAAGAAAGAAAUCGGUCGUUGAUCAGGGGUCUGCUGCUCUCACUGCUUCGGACCCUCUGCCUUUCUCUCUCCCCAGACGGAAAUCGAUGAGAUUAGCCCAGACGUUCUCCCCAAAACCCGAUCCUAUCGAAAACGAGCAAGAGUUUGCUGAUACCGAGGAGGAGAUGAUGUCUUUGAAGACCCCGAUGCCUCGUGCGGAGCUCGGUCUCUCGAAGCUGGAAGUUGCCAUACCGCUGAAGAAAACUAGUCGCCGCUCGGCCUCUUCGUCCGUUGCCACCGAGGAUACAUCUGCUGAUGGGAGGACUGGCUACGAUACUCCCGCAACCAGUGUCGCCGUCACGCCCGCCGAGUCGGAUGUCGGUGGACCCAAAAAGAGAGUCAGUGCAUCUGCCCGGGCUCGGGAUUUGCGCUCAAGCACGAUGUCUCUUGGUGCUCGAAGGGGGGUGAAGCGGCCUUUGGCCACGGAUGCCGAUGAAUUCUUUACAACAGAGAGCGCAGAUGCAGCUUUGGCUAGGAGCCUACAGAUGCAAGAGUACGGAGAGACUCGUUCCAAGCGCCAAAAGACUCUGAAUGAUAUGGAUAUCGCAAGCUUCACGGAUGACGACGACUUGUCUGACUUGAAUGAUGACGAAAUUCAUCGGGAACUAUUCAACCAGCCGGCCCCUCAAAGAAAGGCCAGAGUCUCAUUACGCUCAACUAAAAGUCGCGUCGUUCUUGACAGUGACGACAUGAUGGACGAUUCUGCGGAAGAUGACGUUUACCAAGAUGCUUCUGAUUCAAGCGCUUCAGCUUCGUCGUUGAGUGAGGAAGAGCCACCAGUUGUGCAGAGUGCCACAGGGGUCCAGAACGUGGUGAAUAAUCGAGGAUCACAGUCCCGAAGACAACGGAGCGGCUCCGCUGCCGCCAGGGCGCUUGCUUCGGGGAUGAGCUACCGUGCCGUCAAAGAGCGCCAGAAACUUGAGAAGCAGCAUCCGAGCAUUUUAUCCAUGUGGGAAAACCUGAAAAAUGAUCCUCCCAUCUUACCUGUGCCAGCAAUGCAGCCUCCAGGCAUCUCCAGAACGUUGAAGCCGUUUCAGCUUGAAGGUCUGAACUGGAUGACGCGACAAGAGCAGACACAGUACAAGGGUGGCCUUUUGGGCGAUGAGAUGGGCAUGGGCAAGACCAUUCAAGCAGUGUCCCUCCUUAUGUCCGACUAUCCCGUAGGAAAGCCGUCAUUGGUUGUGGUACCUCCAGUUGCUCUGAUGCAAUGGCAGUCGGAGAUUAAGGAAUAUACCAGUGGGCAACUCAAGGUGCUUGUUUACCACAACUCGAAUACCAAGGUGAAGACGCUUCGCAAGAAGGACCUCCUAAAAUUCUGGCCUCGAGUCCAUGCAUCGGAAAGAGUGGAAGGGGUGGAACCGCAACGAUGGUAUUGUCAAAGAAGAUAG